AGUUGUUUUCGCUUGAUGGCGAAUCUCUCCACCGGCGUUGCUGCUACUACAUGAAAAGUUACCCGAUCCGACCGUUCCCAUUUGGAUCAACAUGUUGCGAACACUAAACGCGCAGCAGCAUCAGCAGCAGUUUUGCGCCGCAAUAGCGCGCAGCUCGCAAGCCGUAUUAUCGAGUUCCGGUGCGGCAUCUUCCAGCUCUUCCGCUUCCGCGCGUGCGUUCGCCACGACACGCGUAAUCCAAGCCGGGAUGAAAAGAACGACUCUAGUCCCUUUCAUGUCUGGUCGCUCGCACAGGUGUGGGCACCGGAUAAUAUCAGCGGGAACGAAAUCCUCCAGAAGCGCGAAGACGCAGCGCGGACUGUUGGCCGCGCCAGGACAGCUACUUUUCAGGAAUGAUGUGAUGAGUUCUUCCCACAACCAAAUCACAAAUUCACUCUUCAAUCGCGCGUUUAGCACCCAGCUUCCGUCUGCAGCCACGACACCCAAUCCCGCAGCGACGGAAAAAGAGAGGUUGGUCAUUUUAGGUUCUGGUUGGGCCGGCUACCGUUUGCUGCAAGAUGUGGACCACGAGAAGUAUCAGGUCAGCGUGGUGUCGCCCAGAAACCACUUUUUGUUUACGCCACUCUUGGCGUCCGCCUCGGUUGGGGGCUCGGACAUCAGCAGUAUUUGCCACCCUGUGCGGCCACUAGUGGCGGAAAAGGUAUAGUAAAUUUACUGUGGGUGCCAUGGAAUUCAAUGCAUCACAAAGUCUCGUUCCCUCCAGCGUGUCACUCCUGCAUGACAAACUAAUCACACGACCGGAAAAUAAUACGAAAUAGCUCUGCAUAACCAUAAGUCCACAACAUACAACAGGACGGGCGCUUUUACGAAGCCAGGGCGAUCUCGCUGGAUAAGAAGAAGAAGAUGAUUCAGUGCCAAACUUUGGAUGGCCGGGAGUUUCCACUUGCCUACGACAAGUUGGUGAUCAGCAUUGGCUUCCAGGCAAACGACUUUGGGAUCAAAGACUUAGGUAUGAACAUAGAUCAACAACCUAGGCAAGUCAAUUAAGGUUAGGUGACCAUAGAAUCACAUGACACACGACGUCGUCGUUUCCCAUGCCAAGAACGCACUGAACAAAGAGCGCACGACUGCUGAUGAAAGUUGAAACCAAAACCCCACCCCUUCCCUACACAGACCAACACGCCUUUUUCAUGAAGGAGACCGCGGACGCGAAGCGCGUGCACGAUCACAUCCUGCGUUCCUUCGAAGAAGCCUCUUUCAUUCACAUGCUGGACGGGGAUGAGAAUGUCUCGCUGGAAGAGGAGGAGCAGAUUCGCGAGGUGCUGUCCUUUGUCGUCGUGGGCGGCGGCCCCACCGGGACGGAAUUUUGCGGCGAGCUCACCGACUUUUUGAAACGGGACAUUGCCGUGCAGUACCCGCAUUUGUCUCCCUACUGGUCCGUUCACUUGAUCGACGCUCUACCGCAAAUCCUGACCCCGUUUCAGAACGCGGAGCUGCAGGCACACGCGCUGGAGCACUUGCGAGAGAAGCAGGGCGUGCAAGUACACCUGUCGCAGUUUGUGGACAAGAUUGAGCACCACCGGAUCUACUUGAAAUCCGGCAUGUCGUUUCCCUUUUCCACGCUUAUUACAGUGAAAAAUGCCCCCCCACCCCUAAAAUUGGAAAAAUUUGUGAUGCGAAGUUUCCAAAUGAAAACUUUUUGUCAUGCAUGAAAUGAGUUUAAAUCUUUCUGCUGCAGAAUCCAGGCGUACAUGGUAUAUCGCAUCAGUUGCAUGACAAGCGCCGCUCUUGCUGGGGUCUUUUGCAAUACGAAUCUUUGCCAUUCACGGUUGGAAACCUGUGAUGCUGAUAGAUGCAAGAGGGCGAAUGUUUCAUUUGGAAAGGUUUGCAAUACAAAUGCUCCCAAGUUCGGGGGUGGGGGCAUUUUUCAUUUUGAUAACGCUCGUUUGGUGUGCGGGGAUCAAGCCGCUGCCCUUCGUGGCGGGCUUGGACUUGGCGAAGAACGCCAAGGGAACGCAACUGUUGACGGACGCCCAGUUGCGGGUAAAGGGCGAGGAGAAGAACGGGAUCUACGCGCUGGGGGAUUGUGCGUCGAUUGAGGUAAGUACUGAAAAACACUAAGAAUGUUUCAGAAAGGAUUUGCUUUUUUCAUGUGGGGAACGAGCAUGUGCAUGACUGAAUACACCUGGUGUCUUCAUGCACGCCGGGAGUGUUACAGUCACUCUCACAUAAGUGAGCAAUUUCUUGAAUCAACGGUAUUCAAAAAUGAUUGUAAAUUCGUUCUGGUCCUCCAUCAAUACAACACCAGACAAUGCCGAUGCCGCAGACCGCGCAGAUUGCGUCGCAGGAAGCUGCUUACUUGGCGAAAGCCUUGUCUCUGGACAGCCACGAGGUGCCCAACAAUUUCGAGUUCAAGGACAAGGGCACCCUCGCCUACCUCGGUGGGACCAGCGCUCUGUACCGAGUGCCGUCGAAUCUUCCGGUCCCCCAUCUGCGCGGGCUGCUGGGCUGGUUCACGUGGCGGAGCGCCUACUGGAGCAUGCAGCUGUCCAUUCGAAACAAGUAUAGUGCACAAGGAACUCUUGUUCUUUCCAUUUGUAGUGUAUUUUCUUGUUGAUGCGAUCAUUGAUUCUGUUGAACGGGACAACAGCACAAUGUGCUUGUUUUGCAAUGCAGAAAUAACGCCAUGAAAAGGUUUAUGCUGGCUUGGAACUGGAUCUCCAACUACGUUUUCGGGCGGGAUCUCACCCGCGUCGGCCGCCACUCUUCGCCGGUGGAGUUUCUGCUCGACCGAAAGGUAUCCUCCGGGAAGAAAAAACGCAAUCCCGCAAGGUCCGUGUCCCCCGAGGCCUCCAAAGCAGAUCCCAUUCCGGCCAGCAAGACCGCCUGAGGUUCGGUUCCGGGGGUUGUUGUGGUCGUUUUUCAUGGGCGACCUCUGCUUUAGUUCACCGUUUGCACACACCGUUUCGACACAUAUGCACAGUACUUCUAGGGAUGAUUUUGAACAGAAUUCAGAAGGUAGUUUCCGUGUUUUGUUGUGCUGGUUGUGGUAUUGCCUUGACCUGCUCCUGUGUAAUUACUUGUCCUUAUUUGCAUGAUGAUGAGCAUGACGCCUUUGACAGCACUCCUGCCGCAGGGUGAAUUUUGAUAGAUCGUAUGAUUUUCCGCGUGUGAAGACCGAAGCGGCACAAAAGAAAAGAUGGAAAGAAGCCACUCUGAACAGAAGUUCUUUUUCAGAUUCCUUUGCGCCUUCUGCCCCCUGCUGAGGAAAACAGACGCUCUUGCCGUGGCAUAAUUUGGUUGUGAUUUACUGUGGUCGUAGUCGCUUUUAUCUUCCGCUUAGAAUGAGAAAUAAACAGGACCACGAAAAAUUCAAUCCAAAACCACAUGAGGUUUGAGUACUUACAAAAAACAAAGAAAAACGAAACUAGGAAAAACAGUGGACUUCUCGCAUAAGUGCGCGACAGGAGUUGUUACCGGGUACAUCGAGCAGUUGUUG